GGCACACAGCACACGCACCUCACGGAGCGAGCGGAGAAGAUGGCAGAGCGGCAACAACAGAAGCACGAAGGCAGAGUGAAGAUCGGCCAUUACAUCCUGGGCGACACGCUCGGAGUGGGGACGUUCGGGAAAGUGAAGAUUGGAGAGCACCAGUUGACAGGCCAUAAAGUGGCUGUAAAGAUCCUAAACAGACAGAGGAUCCGCAGUCUCGAUGUCGUGGGGAAGAUCAAACGAGAGAUCCAGAAUCUCAAACUGUUCCGACACCCACACAUCAUCAAGCUGUACCAGGUAAUAAGUACACCCACAGAUUUCUUCAUGGUUAUGGAGUAUGUGUCUGGAGGGGAGCUGUUUGACUACAUCUGCAAACAUGGACGGGUUGAAGACACAGAAGCUCGUCGUCUUUUCCAGCAGAUUAUCUCAGGUGUGGACUACUGCCACAGGCACAUGGUGGUCCACAGAGACCUCAAACCUGAGAACGUCCUGCUGGAUGCCAGCAAGAACGCCAAGAUUGCAGACUUUGGUCUGUCAAACAUGAUGUCAGAUGGAGAGUUUUUAAGGACAAGCUGUGGGUCACCCAACUAUGCUGCUCCAGAGGUCAUCUCCGGAAGGCUCUAUGCGGGCCCAGAGGUGGACAUCUGGAGCUCGGGGGUGAUCCUGUACGCCCUACUCUGUGGCACUCUGCCCUUUGACGAUGAUCAUGUCCCCACGCUGUUUAAGAAGAUCAGAGGAGGCGUCUUCUACAUCCCAGAGUACCUGACACGCCCUGUGGCUUCACUGCUGAAGCACAUGUUACAGGUUGACCCCCUGAAGAGAGCCACCAUCAAAGACAUCAGGGAAGAUGAAUGGUUUAAGCAGGACCUGCCAGGCUACCUGUUCCCUGAAGACCCCUCAUAUGACUCCACAGUCCUGGAUGAGGAGGCCGUCAGAGAAGUGUGUGAGAAGUUUGAAUGCACUGAGUCUGAGGUUGUGUCCAGCCUUUACAGUGGAGAUCCACAGGAUCAACUAGCAGUGGCCUAUCACCUCAUCAUAGACAACCGGCGCAUCAUGACCCAGGCCAGCGAGUUCUACUUGGCCUCCAGUCCUCCCCAGGGUUCCUUUAUAGAGGAGGGCAUGCCGUUGCCCCCUGGUGUGAAACCCCACCCAGAGAGGAUGCCUCCGCUCCUGGCUGACAGCCCUAAGUCUCGUUGUCCUCUGGAUGCUCUCAACACUACCCGACCCAAACCUCUGGCAGUCAAGAAGGCCAAGUGGCACCUCGGUAUCAGAAGUCAGAGUAGACCGUAUGACAUCAUGGCUGAAGUUUACAGGGCUAUGAAACAACUUAACUUUGACUGGAAGGUGGUGAACCCAUAUCAUCUGCGAGUGAGGAGGAAGAAUCCAGUGACGGGCAACCUGGUGAAAAUGAGUCUGCAGCUCUACCAGGUGGACAACAGAUCCUACCUCCUCGACUUCAAGAGCAUAGAUGAUGACAUCAUCGAGGCGGUGGGCUUCAGGUCAGGUUCAUCCACUCCACAGAGGUCGGGCUCCACAGCUGGUCUCCACAGACCCAGACUGAGCAUCGACUCAGCCAGCCCUGCCAUCGAUCUGCCCCAGCUCAGUUCCUCUCUCCCAGGAUCCCUGUCUGGUAGCUCCACUCUUCUCACCCCACGUCAGGGAUCACACACCAUGGACUUCUUCGAAAUGUGUGCCAGUCUGAUCACCACCCUUGCACGCUGAGGCCCAGUGAAUCCUAACCUUUCUGUAAUAUGGAUGUCAGUUGGGUUUUAAGCCAUUUGCAGAUGUGGGAUGUAGAGAGUGUAGCUUUUCUGUCUCCUCUAAACCUCUGUUCCACUUGUGUUUGACAGAGAGAGAGAGAGAGAAGAAGGAGUAGGCUGUCAGCAGAAAGGCAGAUUAUUAUAAUUUUGGGGGGGUUUUGAAACAGUUCUUGGGUCAGUAUCUUGGUGUUUAAACAUAAGGUUUCAGCUGAUCCUGGGGAGGGGAACUGUGAACUGCCGAAAGCCAACAAAGCGAGUGAUGAGAGGUCGUAGUUCACAGCAGUGUUGGCGUCAGCAAAGGUCAAGUUCACUGUCACUCCUCUUACAAAUCCCAUAAAUCUAGUAUCAACUGCUGAAAUAUCUUCACCCACCAGAAACUGAUAGCAGGUCAGUUUUUGCGUUUGAUAUGGACUCUGGUUAAAAUUGACACUAAACAUGUGUCUGGGAGAUUGUUACCAAAUGUAAAAAGUUGAUUUCAGUUAAUUUCGGUUUUACAUUAUAUUUGGUUUUUAAAGAAACAGCUUUUGUUUUCCAUGUAUAUAAUAUUUAUAUUAUAUCAUAUUACGUAGCUGAAAAGGUUGCUAAAAGUAUAUACCAAAAACUUGACUUUAUACAUGAGAAAAAAGAGUAUUAUUUAGUUACGAGAUCCAUAUAUUUAUUUUUUAGAGAUUGUUUGUAGCAACUGUAGUUCUGUUGUUUAAGCACUGUGCUGACAUAGAGGUUUAUCCAGAUUUUAAUAGAUGUAGGUGAAUAAUGAACCUAGAGAGACGGCAGAUUAUAUGUUACAUGGAACUUACUGUGCGCUGCAUUUUGUGCUGAAGACAGACACACACCAUCUCACACACGUUUUCCCUACCACUGAAUUAUAUUACUAAAGUUAAAUUAUAUCUUCGAACACCAAUGGACUCUCUUUGCAUUUCAAAGAUUCCUAUCACUACCCGCCUCUGAGUCCAAACUGUACAUGAGUAAGUACAGAGGUGAUGUUGAUAGAGUGGGCGGAAAAGGUCAUGAUGAUAAAUCCAUGUGAGAUGUGUGUGUCUGCUGCAAGACAGCUCAAGCCACAGAAACCUUUUCUCCAGUUGCCUUAAAGAACGCAACACAGUGGUUCUUUACAUAUGUACACAGAGAGUGUGUGUAUGAGCCAGUGUGUGGGAUGCAGAUCAGAUGGUUGAGUUAUCCUUUUUCUGUCUGACCUGGUGUGUUAGUUUGGAGGACCCUCGCAGUGGGUUAUGAGCUCAGUGGAGCAGGUGGAGUGUGAAUCUGAGAACAAAGAGCUGAGAAGAGGAAACACAAUAAUUCGGUGUUUUGACGCUGUGGGAGCUGUGUCCUGUGUGUGUUUGUUGUGUUCAGCUGUUGUCGUCUUUUCAGGCUGCCCUUAAACACUCAUUUGUCGAGGCUAGCCGUUUGCAUCACAUACUUUGUGCGUUACUGUAUAUGUUGUUUUGUGGUUCUACAUAUGGAUAAACGUCACAGUGUUAUUACUUUUAUAAAUGUUCUGCAUUUGCCUAUCAGUCAUACCAGAAUAGUGUUGUCUGCUGUUGUUGUCACUGGAUCUUUUCUGACAGAAUGUAAAAUGGAAGCUGAUGGCUGCUCACACAUCCUCUAUCUGUCAGGGCUGUGUGAUUUCUCAGUGUAGGUCAUUUCAUUUACAGAUAAUGACACAUAUCAAAACUACGUAAAAUUAUCUAUAUAUAGGUUGAGAAGUUUAUGUAAAGUGGCCAAAUGUAAAAACAUAUUUCUCAUGACAUUACUUCUCGUCUUGGCAUUGUGUACUUUGGGACGAGUGUUGGCACCAACUCACAAAGCUCAUGCGUUUAUUUAUUUGCAAAUGUCAAGCUGCCAGGAGCUGUUCCCUCUUUUCACCUUUGCCAUAUUAUCUGUGGGUCUAUGCAACUACUCCUGUGGUGUUUGGAGUUUGUUGUGUGGAACGGGGUGCUGUAUUAUUAGCAAAGUACAGUUUUGUGGUGUGUACAAGACUUCUCUUACCAGAGCCACAUUUAUGUGACAGGAGUAGCCUCCUCUUUUAGAUACAAGUUCCUCCUUUAGUUUUUGAUUGUCAAAGUCCUUUGUCGUGUUUGUUGUUACCCUGUUGGGUGUCUCUGUCACUCUCUUCCUCCUUUUUGGGUUGUCCUCAUGUAAGUGCCCUGCCAACCAUGAAGAGCAUCACAACUAAAUGAUAAAUCAUACCUCAUGAUAUAUCUUGUCAUGUCGCACAGCCCUGCAAAGUGUGUUCUCUUGGUUGGUGGUGUUUGAUGGAGAGUUCUGGACUGAUGCCUUUCUACUGGUCUCAGUUUAACGCAGAGGAGGAAGAGUUGGCAUCUAAUUGACUUUAGACUGGUGUGAUUAAAAAUAUGAAAGGGAAAUGUAAUGGUGUUGAUAAGUUAGGAAAUAAAUAAAAACAUGAAUAAAUCCAGUACAAUACUGUACAAUACAAUACUGUACGUAAAUACAUUUAGAAAUCAUUUAAGAUCCUACUUAACCUCAGCUCACUAUUAUGAAAUGUUAUUAAUCACUGUUAGUUUCAGACUGGAUGUAUGUGAUGUGACUGAAGAAGCAAGGACUAGGGAAAACACAGGAUUUCUACUUUUAUGAAGUUAAUAAGGAAUAGCGAUGAAAUAACAUUUCUUAAUGAUGGGUUGAGUUUUUCAUUAUUAAAUUAUUCUAGUGUUUAAUAUUUCAUGUUUAUUUAGUGUAUUUAUUCAUGAUUAUUUAUUUCUUAAUAUUUGUUAUAAGUGAAAUUGACAUCAGCCACCGAACAGUCAACACAUUUCGAUUUUUGCCUUAUGAGAUCAACAUGAAGAUUUUGGGUUGAAACGGUGAAAGUCCCAUUAUGUGUUACGCUGCUCAAACCCUUUAUUACAACAUCCUGUGGUUGUGUGUAGAGUUGUCCACUGUGCAAAAAACACACACCACUGAGUACACUUUGAUGUCAGAGGGAGAAAGAUACAUGCAAACAGACACACAUAAAAACAGACCCACUCAUACAAACAGAUUACACUUACACUAAUUCAUGUUCUUCAGUGAAACUUCUCUGUUACACUUUAUUACUGUGUCUUAAUGACUUGUCCCGAGCUACUCUGGUCACAUCAGGAUCAUAAUGCAUUCGUUCCUGAUGACACUGCUGCUCAUGACAACACUGAUCCAUGAAGUGCAAUAUACAGGAGAAGUCGUGGUCCGGAUUUAAAAACUCUGAUGUAACGAGUAUUCACUGUCAGUAAAAAGUAAAAAGUACUGUAGUACUGCACCAUUUCAGCUGUAUGCAACUAUCAGUGGCAUGUUCGUCAUAUAAACUCUACUGUGUGUUUAGAGCUGCAAACACAUGCCAGAGGACCUAAUCAAAUACACAAUUUCUGUGUCGUACCAAAGUGAAGGUUUGUCAGUCUCUGUCUAUCUGUGGUGGGGGUUCUGAUUAGUGUAACCAUAAGUACCCCUGUCUGUCUGUGUGUCUGUGUGUGUGUGUGUGUGUGUGUGUUGGCACACUGGUUAUUGUGAAAGAACGUGUACAAGGGUGUGUCUGCACGUGUGUGUGUGAGAGAGAGAAUGUGUCUCUGUGUCUGAUUGGGGUUUGGAUUUCUCUUGUUAUGCACUGCAUGAUAUUGCUGUUAUGAUUUGCACUUUAAUGAGUAUUUAUUGAAAAACAAUAAACAAACAUAUAAUUUC